AUGGGAGCGGCCAGUCUUGAUGCUGGCGACUGCAACUUCAUCAGCGUCGUCCUUGGCAUCAUCGUCAACAUCGUCAACAUCGUCAACAUCGUCGUCGGACUUGGCGUCAGCGUCCUCGUCGUCGUCGUCGCUGCCCAGCUCGACCUCAUCAUCAGCGUCUGGAAUGACAAGCAGCCCCUCGCAGCCGCAGCCCACUUCCGCUUCCACUGCUCCAGCAACAAAGCCGCCAUCGAUGACGGACAGCCGUGA